ACUCUUUAUCUUCGCCGAUUUAAGAAACUCGAAUGUCUCUCACUUGCGGAUAACCCUUUGUGCAAUGAUCCUGUUUACGAAGAGUAUAUUUUUGCUUUUCUGCCACAACUAAAAUACCUCGAUUACAAGAACAUUCUGCCUGAAUGGAGAAUGGAAGCUUAUGAGAAGUAUCAAAUUGCCGUGGACCAGAUGCAAGAACAGCAACUGGAGGACGAAAAGAAGGAAGCUCAAGAGGAAGAGCACAGGCGUUUCAUGGAGCGCUGUCGUGACGCUUUCAUUGACAAAGUCUAUGCCGAUGAACUGUUCCAAAUUAUUUUUAAAAGAGACCAUGAUGGUAGAAAACUCUGCCAGCGAACGUACAGGGAAAAAAUUGUUGACGCUUGUAAGCAACUAUUCAUCUCUGGGCAGGAAGAAUACCAAAAGCGGCUCACUGAGGAGACCACGUUGCGGGAGUGCAUUGAACAUGCAAAAAAUGACUCAAAACUCCGAGCUCUUGAAGCAAUCGAGGCUUACAAAGAAAAGAAGAAUAAUAUCCUGAAGAAGCUUGAUGAAAUACAGCAAGACACGUAUCCUGAGCUAACCGAAGCUUUGCUAAGCAGUAUUCGACAACAUAUUCACGAUCUCUGGAAUGACCUAAUGGGGUUUGAAAUUUCUCUAGUCGAUCAACUCGAGGAUGUGAUAAACGAGUUUGGUCGAAAUUUAGAGGAAAAAAUAUCGAAUUUCGGUGAAACAGUCCAGGCACGUCAUUUGGUUCUGUUUAUUAACCCUUUCUUUGCAGUGGCUUUUAACGAGAGGCUCGCUGAGCUCACGUUAACUUACACUGAAAGGAUUGCCAAAACUGAUGGCCCACAAGACGAGAGUUAUGCAGUUUACGCGGAUCGUGAUUUCGUGGUUAAUGCUCUCAGCAAUUCAAGGGACACCCAAGUAAAUGUUAUUGACCAAACUGAGGAGGGAAUUUUAAAAUCGAUUCAAGCUUGGUUCAAUGGACUGAUGGAAGACCUUCAUGAGAAAGAAGAGUACGGUCGACAUACCAACCGCGUAACGGAAAUCAAUCUUUAUAUUGAUGCUCAGUAUGUGGACCUGGAAACCAUGGAUUUAACGGCACUUUAA